AUGAACUGGGUUGGUGGCAGCCGGAGCAGAAUCAUAUUAAAGCAGGAAAGAAGAAAGCAAAAGGAAUUUUUUGAAAAGAAGAAACUUAAAUCAAAGAUGAAGCUUGUGGGAGUAUCAUCUCCUAAAAGUUCAGCAGUCAGUUUAGAUCUCCUCAAUCUAUAUGUUGUUAACCAGAUAUCAACCAAAAAAGACAACACCGAGAACCUGAGGAAGCCAGUCCACAUUGAUAUCACUGAAGAUGUAAAAAUACCCGUUAAGAGGCACAACAUUGAGCUUCCUGUGUCACCACUACGUACGCAACAUAGGUCAAACUUAGAUGACAUCCAGAACAGGUUACAAAAGCAAGUAUUGGACAGCAGAAGGCAGCAUCUCUCAGAGAAAGUAAAAUACCAGAAUAACUUAUCACAUGUAACAGAAUUAAUGUAUGCUGACUCUAGUAUGGAACAUGAAGACAACAUAGCAAGAGCUUUUGAUGUCUGUCCAUUGUCGUCUUCUGUUUUUUGGUCCUCUAACUGUACACAAUUUUCGGAAGAAAAUUUCAACACAAACCUAAUGGGCAACACUUGGGAACAGACAUAUGAAGAGAAGCUGCAAAACCAGCCAGAAAAUAGUUCUGAUCAAGACUCUUGGAUUACAAAACCUCUAAGCCAGUGUAUUUUCAGGAAGUCUGGUACAGUGCCUCAGGAACUGUUUAAGCCAUUGCAUAGGCUAGACUAUAUGAAUUCUGCCAGGAAAUAUCCAGUGAUAAUGACCAGUAAUGAAUCAGAAAACAGUGAAGGAAUGAAAGAACCAUUGUUUGAUGUUGUGAAAGAAACUGCAGAACUGAAACCUCCCGAAGAUGGAAGUGAUUUUUCCUUUCUGGCACUGUUUGAAGAUGAGAGCCAACUAACCUAUAAUAAUCCUUCCACAAAGCAUUUUAAUCCUGUUGUUAAUCAAAGCAGUACUGCCAUUUUUUUCAUUGAUCCUGAUGAUAGAAAUCAAAUGACCAACAGAAAUUAUCCUUAUUAUAGUAGAGAGGAUUAUUCUGCAAUGAAUGCAAAAAAAAGUUCUGUAGAUAGACACCUUGAAGGCAUUUUCACAGCUCCAGAACAGGUUUUACUUAAAAGUAACAAUGCCUCAAAUGCAAGCUACAAGAAAACCAGUGAACUUCAUAAAACCCACCUGCAGGACUCUCAUGAGGGGCAGCACUACUUCAUACCUUCUGAAAAGAAAGAAAAAACAGCAAACCUUGAAAAAAUUGAGACAUUUGCUUAUCACCAUGAUCAGCAGAUUAAUUUAAAGGAGAAUGUGCAGAACUAUUCAAGAACAAAAAGUGACGUGGAGUCUGCACAAGAAUCAGCCUGGAGACAGAAGCAGCUCUUUGGAUUUGAAGAGUUCACAACAGCACAAGAGAAAGAGUAUAAGUUUGGAGUGAGUUCCAGUCUUCACGAGAUGGAGAAGGAUGUGGAGUCCUCACUCAGCAGUCAGUCCCCCUGCUACUCUCCAAGGCAGACAGAGAGCUGUUUCAGCUCUAGUCCUGACACAUCUGAAGAAGAAGACACAGUCAAAAAGAAGGAAUAUCUGAAUGAACAGUCCCUGAAGAUCAACGACGCCAGCCUAGUCUCGGCCUCAGCAAGCACAGAGUCCCCCAAGACCUCUCACACCACAACCAUGCCUCUCCAGCCCAGCAGUAUUUUGACUAGAGACGAAGCAAACCAUCUUCGGGAGAAAGAGUCUAUUUUAUGUGCCACAGAGGAGGAAAAUGAAAACCACACUGCCCCAUCUGAGGGCAGCUCAUUACACCCAGCCCUUAAAAGAGAGCGUGUCACUCUCAGUACCAGGUGUGAAGUUUGGUCGCAGACGGAGAGCUCUGUAACAGCAGUAGAGAAAGUGGAUGUUGCCACCCAGUGUGGCUCCAUGCGGGUGUGCAGCUGUGGGAGCUCCCUCCCCUCUGCCCACAGCCCAGGGGGGGUCCCUCCGCCCAGCACCGCAGGCACCGCUGGAGGGCACAAAAUGCCAGCACAUGAGGUGCUGCAGCCUGCGGGCACGGGCAGCACAGCAGGAAUAGCGGCGUUUUCUUCUGAAGCUGAGUAUCUGAGUUUGGCUGGCAGAAGGACUCUAGAGGUGCGGAACUACGUUGAUAUAUUGAAGGAGGGAGAUUGA